AUGAACCUCAAGCUUCACGUAUGGCGUCAAACCGGACCCGACGCGGCCGGCAAGAUGGUGACCUACGAGGCCCCUGACGUCAGUCCGGACAUGUCGUUUCUGGAGAUGCUCGACGUCACCAACGAGCGCUUGAUCGCUCGCGGCGAGGAGCCGAUCGUUUUCGAUCACGACUGCCGCGAGGGCAUUUGCGGCGCCUGCAGCUUGAUGAUCAACGGCGUCGCCCAUGGGCCCGACGGCGGUACCACCGCUUGUCAGCUGCACAUGCGGCACUUCAGCGAUGGCGACGAGAUCUACGUCGAGCCCUGGCGGGCUGCUGCCUUCCCGGUGCUCAAGGACUUGAUGGUCGACCGCUCGGCCUUCGACCGCAUCAUCGAGGCCGGCGGCUACGUCUCGAUCAACACCGGCUCGGCGCCCGACGCCAACGAGAUUCCAGUGCCGAAGAAGGACGCCGACGUGGCCUUCGAAGCCGCCGCCUGCAUCGGUUGCGGUGCCUGUGUUGCGCAGUGCCCCAACGGGGCUGCACAGCUCUUCACCUCGGCCAAGGUGUCGCACCUCGGCCUGCUGCCCCAGGGCCAACCCGAGCGCCUGCAGCGGGUCACCGACAUGGUGGCGCAGAUGGAGGAAGAAGCCUUCGGCAGCUGCACCAACCACCGUGAAUGCGAGGCGGUGUGCCCGAAGGGCAUCUCGGCGAGCUUCAUCGCGCGGAUGAACCGCGACUACUUGAAGGCCAAGUUCAAGGCCGUCAAGACCUCUGUCUAG